AUGCACGUUGUUUAUAGAAAUGCUGUUUUACCUGUCAUAUUCGCCUUACUACCAAAUAAAACUGAACAAAAGUAUCGUCGUCUUAUUGAAAAAGUAUCAGAACUUUGUCCAUUGUGGAAUCCAAAAUAUAUAAUGAUGGAUUUCGAAAAGGCCUCAAUUAAUGCGUUUGCUGAUAAAUUUACAACAACAACAAAUCCAUCCUUGAUGUCUGGAUGCUUUUUUCACCUAAAAAACAGCAUUCAACGUAAAGUUCAAGAAUUAGGCUUCAAAACAAAUUAUGAACAAGAUCCCAUAUUUGCUCAUCAUGUUAAUCAAAUUGCCGCCCUUGCUUUUCUUCCUCCUGAUGAUGUUGGUCAAGGUUUUGACGAUUUAUUUAAUUCAUUACCACUAAUACUACAUCCGUUAUUAAAUUAUUUUGAAGACACAUAUGUAGGAAGAAAGCGGACGCAAGGACGACCAAAACCAAUGUUUGACAUUGAAUUCUGA